AUAAUUUUUGUGUUAUUCACGGCAAAAACUAAAAAAUUAUAUAUUGCAAAAAGGGCCCCCAGAAAAAAAAGUGAAAGCCAUUUUCAUUUGUGAUAAUUGAGAAAAGAGAGAAGGUGAGAAAAAUAAAUAUAUGUAUUUGGAGAGUUGUGAAUGAAAAAAACUUGAAAAGAAAAUAAAUUUUCGUUUGGUUGGAAAACAGAAAAAUAAGCAGCAAACAAAGUGUAGCAGGUUUUUAAUUGAAAAAAGAAAUAUAGAAAUUGAAAUACAGGUGGCUUCUUUAUUAAGAGAUAUAAAAAAUUCAUAUUCCUGCUGUCAGUUUUGCGGUUGGUGGUUUUGAAAAAGCCGUCAAAAUUCUCAACUACAAUAGCCAUACGGUGUACAACAGUUUAAUCCAUCCAAAUAGCGGUCUUCGAAAGCCACCGGGUACUACAACAACAGCAGCAGCCCCAACUUUGCCCAUUAUGUUUGUAAAUUCAAUGACGUUCCGCGGCAAUCCGGCCGCAAAUCAUCACUAUCAUCAACAACAAUCGGCUCUAAACCACCAUGCAUCUUUGGCGGCAGCAGCCGGGCAUCCACUUGCUGCUCACCAUGCUACUCAGCAACAGUUGCACCACCAUGCUGCUGCUGCUACCGGGGCUGGCCCAUUAAGCCAUCAUCUUAACGCUCACGGCGGUCAUCAUGCUGGUGCAAAUAAUAAUCAUCAUUUGCCAGGAAGUAUUUUAAAUCGUACUCCUCAUGCCCCCAUUGGUUUGGGUGCGGGCAAUAUCACUUCGAUUUCGCCGCAUCUUUCAGCAGGCAGCGGCUCUUCGGGUAGUGCAACCAGUUCCAAUUCACCUGAUAGCGGAAAAAUUUACAUUAAAAAUCUGGAACGUUCUAUAGACAAUAAAGCUGUCUAUGAUACCUUUUCGGCCUUUGGUAAUAUAUUGAACUGUAAUGUGGCUAAGGAUGAACAUGGUAAUUCGCGCGGUUAUGGUUUUGUACAAUUCGAUUCAGAAGAGGCAGCCCGCGCUGCCAUUGAAAAAGUAAAUGGCAUACUCUGCAACAGCCAGAAGGUGCAUGUGGUUAAAUAUAUACCACGGCGUGAUCGCGAACAAGAAAAAGCCACGCAAUUCAGGAAUCUAUAUGUCAAAAAUUUUAAUGAGGAUUUCUCUGAACAAAACAUGAAAGAAAUGUUUGAACCUUACGGUCGUAUAACAAGUCAUAAGAUAAUGACCGAUGAAGAGGGCCGUUCCAAACGUUUUGGUUUUGUAGCAUUCGAGAAUCCCCAAUCGGCUCUUGCUGCUGUUAUUGCUCUCAACGGUAAGCAGUUGGGUGAUAAAUAUUUGUAUGUGGCUCGAGCUCUCAGUAAAAUUGAACGUCAACAAGAAAUUAAUCGUAAACUUGAAGAACGUAAAAGACAGAAACCAGGACAAGUUUUCUAUUAUUAAAUCGAA